GGGCCGAUGUCCCCACUCCAGCUGUGCCACCCGUGGAGGGAUGGGGGGGAGGGGUGUGGGUGGUCAGGGAACCCCCGGGGUGCGGUGCGGGGUCUGGAGGUGGCAGCAGCCCCGUGAUUGGCGCUGCGGGGGGGACACACGAGUGGCACAGCUGAGCCGGAGCCGGGCUACCUGAAGGACCCUGCGUGUCCUCAGGUUUCAUCCUGACCAUCUGACAGCGGCAGCAGCUGCUCUGCCAGCAGGCACUCGCCGAGCCAAAGCCUCCAGGAGCCGCAGGAGAAGGGAAUUCUGGCCCUAAAAGGUCUCUCCGUGGGAAUUCGCCCUCUCCACCCAACAGCAGGGCUCGUGUGGGCCGGAAGCAGAAUGAGAGGAUGGGCCCCCUGCCCCAGCUCCCGGGCCCCGAGUGCCUCCGUCCCUUCACCCCCUCCUCGCUGAGCGCCAUCGAGCAGCGUGCGGCCGAGGCUGCCGCGCUGCGCAUCAAACGGCAGCAGCUGGAGCUGCCCGAGGAGGAGGAGAUCAAACCCAGCACCGACCUGGAAGCUGGCAAGAACCUGCCCCUCAUCUAUGGUGACCCACCACCCGAGCUUGUCGGGACACCCCUGGAGGACCUGGACCCUUUCUACAAGGAUAAGAAGACCUUCAUAGUCCUCAACAAAGGCAAAGCCAUCUUCCGCUUCUCGGCCACCCCUGCCCUCUACCUCCUGGGCCCCUUCCACCCCAUCCGCAGAGGAGCCAUCAAAGUGCUGGUCCAUUCAUUGUUCAGCAUGUUCAUCAUGGUCACAAUUUUAACCAACUGUGUGUUCAUGACCAUGAGCAACCCCCCGGCGUGGUCCAAGAACGUGGAAUACGCCUUCACUGGGAUCUACACCUUCGAGUCCCUCAUCAAGAUCCUGUCCAGGGGUUUCUGCAUCGAUGACUUCACAUUCCUCCGGGACCCAUGGAACUGGUUGGACUUCAUGGUCAUCUCCAUGGCUUACAUUACAGAGUUUGUGGACCUGGGGAACAUCUCUGCUCUCCGGACCUUCCGAGUCCUCCGUGCCUUGAAAACCAUCACUGUGAUCCCAGGCCUGAAGACGAUUGUUGGGGCUCUGAUCCAGUCGGUGAAGAAGCUCUCGGAUGUCAUGAUCCUCACCGUCUUCUGUUUGAGUGUCUUUGCCCUGAUUGGGCUCCAGCUCUUCAUGGGGAACCUCCGGCAGAAGUGUGUGAGGUGGCCUCCCCCCAACGACACCUUCCUGGGGGACUUUGGGAUGGAGGAUGCAGUCUUGGCCAACACAACCCUCUACAGCAACUUCACUGACAGCUUCACCGACAGCUUCAACACCAACUUCACCACCAACUUCACCACCAACUUCACCACCAAUUUCACCUUUGACUUUGAGGCCUACAUCAACGAUGAAGCCAACUUCUACUUUCUGGAGGGAGCCCUGGAUGCUCUGCUCUGUGGGAACAGCAGUGAUGCUGGGAAGUGUCCCGAGGGGUACACGUGCAUGAAGGCAGGGAGGAACCCCAACUAUGGCUACACCAGCUACGACACCUUCAGCUGGGCUUUCCUGGCCCUCUUCCGCCUCAUGACCCAGGAUUUUUGGGAGAACCUUUUCCAGCUGACCCUGCGUUCAGCAGGGAAAACCUACAUGAUCUUCUUCGUGGUGGUGAUCUUCCUGGGCUCCUUCUACCUCAUCAACCUCAUCCUGGCCGUGGUGGCCAUGGCUUACGCUGAGCAGAACGAUGCCACGAUGCUGGAGGAGCAGCAGAAGGAGGAGGAAUUCCAGCAGCUCCUGGAGCAGCUGAAGAAGCAGCAAGAGGAGCAAGAGAAGUUGUUGCAGGAGCGUUGUUCCAGCAGUGGCUCAGUGCCCAGCAGCCUGGCUGGGAAGGAGGAGGAUUCAGAGCUGAGCAGUGAGCAGGAGAAGGGGAAGGAUUGCAACGGGCAGGUGGUGCCCAAGGUGGUUCUGGAGCGUUCUGCCUCCCUGCUGGAGUUCAACCCCAGCAAUGAGCCAGAGAAACUGGACCUCAACCACCUCACUGUGGGCAACCAAGAUGGGCCAGGCCUGGAGAAAAGGGUGGGCAGUGCCAUCAGUGUCAUGUCCAACGCUGUGGAAGAGCUGGAGGAAGCUCACCAGAAGUGCCCACCCUGGUGGUACAAAUUUGCCCACACGUUCCUGGUCUGGAACUGCUGCCUGCCCUGGGUGAAGCUGAAGGAGUUUGUCAAGCUGGUGGUGAUGGAUCCCUUCGUGGACCUGGGCAUCACCAUCUGCAUUGUCCUCAACACCCUCUUCAUGGCAAUGGAGCAUUACCCCAUGACAGAGGAGUUUGAGAACGUCCUGUCCGUGGGCAACCUGGUCUUCACGGGGAUCUUCACAGCAGAGAUGGUCCUGAAGCUCAUUGCUUUGGAUCCCUACGAGUAUUUCCAGCAGGGUUGGAAUAUCUUUGACAGCAUCAUUGUCACCCUGAGCCUGGUGGAGCUGGGCCUGGCAAACGUGCAGGGGCUCUCGGUGCUCCGCUCCUUCCGCUUGCUCAGAGUCUUCAAGCUGGCCAAGUCCUGGCCCACUCUCAACAUGCUCAUCAAGAUCAUCGGGAACUCUGUGGGUGCCCUGGGCAACCUGACCCUGGUCCUGGCCAUCAUCGUCUUCAUCUUUGCCGUGGUGGGGAUGCAGCUUUUUGGGAAGAGCUACAUCGAGUGCGUGUGUAAGAUAUCCCAGGACUGCACCCUGCCUCGCUGGCACAUGAACGACUUCUUCCACUCCUUCCUCAUCGUCUUCCGCAUCCUCUGCGGGGAGUGGAUCGAGACCAUGUGGGACUGCAUGGAGGUGGCCGGGCAGACCAUGUGCCUCAUUGUCUUCAUGAUGGUCAUGGUCAUUGGGAACCUGGUGGUGCUGAACCUCUUCCUGGCCUUGCUGCUGAGCUCCUUCAGUGCUGACAGCCUGGCAGCCUCGGAUGAUGAUGGGGAGCUGAACAACCUGCAGAUUGCCAUCGGCAGGAUCACCAGGGGCAUCCAGUUUGCCAAGAAUUUCCUCCUGACGAGGCUGCGCAGGCUGUGGAAGGGGAAGAAGGUGGCCCCAGAGGAAGAGCAAGAGCACAGCAAGAGGGAGAACUCUGUGCUGAACCACCUGGAUGGUGGUCAGGAGCUGAAGCCGGACCACCCGGAUGGCAUCCCUGGCAAAGAGCAUUUUUUCAUGGAUGAGUUGGACCACAUGAACUUCAUCACCAACCCCAACCUGACGGUGCAGGUCCCCAUUGCCUCCGAGGAGUCCGACCUCUAUGAUGAGACCAGCACCCAGUCUGACACUGAGGACACCAAGAUCCCUCUCACCAGUGACAAUGCUUCGUCCCUCUGCAGCACAGUGGAUUAUAAACCCCCAGACCCGGAGGAGGAGGAGGUGGCAGAAGUGGCUGAAGAGAGCAAUGAGCCUGAGGAAUGUUUCACUGAGGCCUGUGUCAAGAGGUUUCCCUGCCUCUACGUGGACAUCACCACUGAGAAAGGGAGGAUGUGGUGGAACCUCAGGAAAACCUGUUUCACUAUUGUGGAGCAUGACUGGUUUGAGACCUUCAUCGUCUUCAUGAUCCUCCUCAGCAGUGGGGCACUGGCUUUUGAGGACAUCUACAUCGAGCAGCGCAGGGUGAUCCGCACCAUCCUGGAGUACGCGGACAAAGUCUUCUCCUACAUCUUUGUCAUCGAGAUGCUGCUCAAGUGGGUGGCCUAUGGCUUCAAGGUCUACUUCACCAAUGCCUGGUGCUGGUUGGAUUUCCUCAUCGUGGACGUUUCCCUUGUCAGCCUGACAGCAAACUGGUUGGGAUACUCAGAGCUGGGAGCCAUCAAGUCCCUGAGGACCCUGAGAGCUCUGAGACCACUGCGUGCCCUCUCCAGAUUUGAAGGCAUGAGGGUGGUGGUGAACGCCCUGCUGGGUGCCAUCCCCUCCAUCAUGAAUGUCCUGCUGGUCUGUCUCAUCUUCUGGCUGAUCUUCAGCAUCAUGGGGGUGAACCUCUUUGCAGGGAAGUAUUACAGAUGUGUCAACACCACCACGGGGGAGCUCUUUGAGAUCAGUGUGGUGAACAACAAGAGUGACUGCAUGGCCCUCCUGCACACCAACGAGGUCAGAUGGGUCAAUGUCAAGGUCAACUUUGACAACGUGGGCUUGGGAUACCUCUCCUUGCUCCAGGUGGCCACCUUCAAGGGCUGGAUGGACAUCAUGUACGCUGCAGUGGACUCUCGAGAGAUUGAAGAGCAGCCAAUGUACGAGAUCAACCUCUACAUGUACAUCUACUUUGUCAUCUUCAUCAUCUUCGGAGCUUUCUUCACCCUGAACCUUUUCAUCGGUGUCAUCAUUGACAACUUCAACCAGCAGAAGAAGAAGUUUGGAGGCAAAGACAUCUUCAUGACAGAAGAGCAGAAGAAAUACUACAAUGCCAUGAAGAAGCUGGGCUCCAAGAAGCCCCAGAAGCCCAUCCCCAAGCCCGCGAACAAGUUUCAAGCGAGGGUGUUUGAAUUUGUUACCAAGCAAGUGUUUGACAUAACCAUCAUGAUCCUGAUUUGUCUUAACAUGGUGACCAUGAUGGUUGAAACAGAUGAUCAAAGUGAGCUCAAAACUGCUGUCCUCUACAAGAUCAACCUGGUCUUCAUCGUCAUCUUCACUGGAGAGUGUGUGCUCAAAAUGUUUGCCCUGCGCCACUACUUCUUCACCAUUGGCUGGAACAUCUUUGACUUUGUGGUGGUCAUCCUCUCCAUCCUGGGCAUCGUCCUCUCAGACAUCAUAGAGAAGUACUUUGUGUCACCCACCCUCUUCAGGGUCAUCAGGCUGGCCAGGAUUGGCCGUGUUCUCCGGCUGAUCCGAGGGGCCAAAGGCAUCCGGACUCUGCUCUUUGCUCUGAUGAUGUCCCUGCCAGCCCUCUUCAACAUUGGCCUCCUGCUUUUCCUUGUCAUGUUCAUCUACUCCAUCUUCGGGAUGUCCAACUUUGCCUACGUCAAGAAGGAGUCGGGGAUCGAUGACAUCUUCAACUUUGAGACCUUUGGGAACAGCAUGAUUUGCCUCUUCCAGAUCACCACCUCAGCGGGCUGGGAUGGGCUCCUCAACCCAAUCCUCAACAGCGGGCCCCCCGACUGCGACCCCGACCUGGAAAACCCUGGCAGCUCAGUGAAAGGGAACUGUGGCAACCCAUCCAUCGGCAUCUUCUUCUUCUGCAGCUACAUCAUCAUCUCCUUCCUCAUUGUGGUGAACAUGUACAUUGCCAUCAUCCUGGAGAACUUCAGCGUGGCCACGGAGGAGAGCAGCGAGCCCCUCUGUGAAGAUGACUUCGAAAUGUUUUAUGAGACCUGGGAGAAGUUUGACCCAGAUGCCACCCAGUUCAUCGCAUACAGCACCUUGUCUGACUUCGUGGACACCUUACAGGAGCCUCUCAAAAUUCCCAAGCCGAACAAGAUCAAGUUAAUCACCAUGGAUCUCCCAAUGGUUGCUGGGGACAAAAUCCACUGUCUGGACAUCCUCUUUGCCCUGACUAAGGAAGUGCUGGGAGACUCGGGUGAGAUGGAUGCCUUGAAGGCCACCAUGGAGGAGAAGUUCAUGGCUGCCAACCCUUCAAAGGUUUCCUAUGAGCCCAUCACCACCACUCUGAAAAGGAAACACGAGGAAGUCUGUGCCAUCAAAAUCCAGAGGGCAUUCCGGAGGUACCUCCUGAGGCGCUCGGUCAAGCAGGCAUCCUACAUGUACCGCCAGGGCAAGGAUGAGGAUGAGCCCCACGGGGAAGCACCCGAGAAGGAAGGUCUGAUUGCCACCAAAAUGCAGGAGAUGUAUGGCAACAGUGGGACAGGGCUGGAGGAAGGCUCUGCCUUUGGGCUGGAGCCCGUGCCCAGCUCAGAGCCUCGAGAUUCUUCCGAGGAACCUGAGACGUGGAAUAACGAACGCGGAGUGAAGGAGUCCCUGGUGUAAGAGAAGGAGGUUCCCACCUCUCACCUCCCUGGAAGGACUUCAGUUGUACCUUCUCAAGAGCUCUUCCAAGCACAGAUCAUUAGAUCUUAGAUAUUGAGCCAAGUUUCAGCUGUUUCAGGUAGACACCUUCACUCUCACAGCAGGGUCCCUCGCUGAUCCUGGAUUUUACAGCUCCCUGCACUUCCAAAAGGGUUUCACAUUCUUCUGAGAUGUGAAACCAGCCAUUGGUGGCAAAGGAGAAACAUUUGCAUUUGGAAAUGAUCUCAUCGUGGUAGCGAUGGUUUCCAGACAUGAACAGAUGAGUAUGGCUGUCCUUUUACCUGAAGUCUCCAUUUGUUAAUAUUAUUUCACAAUUAAAGAGAUUUUUCUUGUGUAUUAUUUUUCCAGACCCCAGCCAAGGAGCCAAAAAAUGAUGAGCCAAGUGAAAUAAUAUUAAGAAUAAUUACAGAAAUGACAAGGGUUUGUGAACAAAAAAAAAAAAAAUAAUCUCCAAUGUCUUAAAUCAGCACCUUUCUUUUCGAUAAGCUUUAUGGAUUAUUAUUAUUAUUAUUAUUAUUUUUGUUAUAUACAGAGAAAGUGCAAUUAUGUCUUAAAAAUUGGUUUGCAUAGCCAAAGUGAAGCAUCUGCAGAUAUGUUCUCAGGGUUAAAAAUCAGUUUUUCAGAGUCUCUGCAUCUGCAUUGAAACCACUCAGAUCUCCUUGGGCCGAGUGGGAACGGUGUUUGCAGUCACGCUGCUUCCCUGCUUUCCCUCUUCAUCCAGAUUUGGGGGGCAGGAAAGCAAUGGACACAGGUAGGGGUUGAAGAAGCUCCUCUGAGGAUCCCCCAUCCCGGUCGUGAAAGCCUCCAGGGUUCCUCCAAGGCUCAUAAUGAGGGAAGAUUUCCUGCUGGAGUGCUCUGGGUUGCUGUUAAAUACCCACGGGAGUCCUCAGGGACUGCAGCAGGACAACUGGCAGUGAGUGGCUUCAACAAGGUCCCUCGAUCCUAUCGGCCACCAAACACCUGGAGACUUUGAUGCAAUGAAGGUUCCUACCCAAAAUCCCCAAAUCCUCGGGCAGAGCAUCCUUCCUUCCCUUGGCUGAAGGAAGUUUCCCCAGGUUUCCCCAGGGGGACAAGGGGUUUACUGCUCUUUAAUCAGGUGGGUAAAAAAGGAAGGUAAAGCAAGAACAACAUGCAAAAGAGCCAGAGCUCAUCUCUGGACCAGCUUCUGCCUUCAAAAGGGAAAAUAAAAAUUAAAAAACCCUCUUGAGAUCCAAACUACCAAGACCCAAAACCUCCUCCAGUUCCAACAAGGGCUGCUGCUUGAAGCCAAAGGGUCUCUCUCUCUUUUUUUUUUUUCUUUUUUUUUUUUUCUUCUUUUUUUAUGAUUAAUUAUCAUUCAUUACUAUUGGAAUUUCUUUUUCCUCGGGUGGAUGUUGGCACUGAUCCGGUGGGGAUGUCCCAGGUCCAGGUCCGUGUUGUCUCAGGACCCCACUCCCUGCUGGAGAGGCCUUGGGGUGGGAAGCACCCCUGGGAUGGGGGGUUCCCCCCUGGAUUGUGGUGCACAAUCACUGCUGCUUCUUACGCCCCUCUUGGUGCAGAAAACACCAACGAGCAGGACCGUGAGCUGGAGCCAUUUCUCUUUGUACAUUUCUUAAAAUAAAUAAUUGUAAAUGAUUGAUUAUUACAA